AUGACGUCAUUUUGCGACUUCUGGCGACUUUCAGGACAGCCAAUAGCUACUUUCCUUACUGAGGAGUUGGCAACAGUGGCGGCUACAGACGGAGCGGAGAGCUGCUGGAGUCUUCAGACAAGAACCAGAAUGGAGGAGCAGAACCAGGACCAGAACCCCACGAGGAGGAACAAAGCGGGACCAUCCUCUGAUACCACCGGUCGGCAGAAACAUGGAGGCCAAAGGAGACCUAAACAUGAAGGUGGUCAAGGCUGUAAGAAAAUCUUCACUGGUGCGUCACGACCAAAGAGAUGUUGGAGGAGUCACACUGUAGAGAAACCAUACACCUGUGAUCAGUGUGGAGCAGCUUUCACUCAAUCUAGUGCUUUAAAAGUUCACAAUCGUAUUCACACUGGAGAAAAACCGUACAAGUGUGACCAGUGUGGGGCAGCUUUCACUCAAUCUAGUGCUUUAAAAGUUCACAAUCUUAUUCACACUGGAGAGAAACCGUACGAGUGUGACCAGUGUGGAGCAGCUUUUAGUCAUUCGGGUCAUUUAAAAAGUCACCAUCGUAUUCACACUGGAGAGAAACCGUACAAGUGUGACCAGUGUGGUGCAGCUUUCACUCAAUCUAGUGCUUUAAAAGUUCACAAUCGUAUUCACACUGGAGAAAAACCGUACAAGUGUGACCAGUGUGGGGCAGCUUUCACUCAAUCUAGUGCUUUAAAAGUUCACAAUCGUAUUCACACUGGAGAAAAACCGUACAAGUGUGACCAGUGUGGGGCAGCUUUCAGUCAGUCUAGUGCUUUAAAAGUUCACAAUCUUAUUCACACUGGAGAGAAACCGUACGAAUGUGACCAGUGUGGAGCAGCUUUUAGUCAUUCAGGUCAUUUAAAAAGUCACCAACGUAUUCACACUGGAGAGAAACCGUACAAGUGUGACCAGUGUGGUGCAGCUUUUAGUCAAUCAGGUCAUUUACAACAUCAUCAACGUAUUCACACUGGAGAGAAACCGUACAAGUGUGACCAGUGUGGAGCAGCUUUUAGUCAUUCAGGCCAUUUAAAAAUUCACCAUCGUAUUCACACUGGAGAGAAACCGUACAAAUGUGGCCAGUGUGGGGCAGCUUUCAGUCAAUCAGGUGCUUUAAAAUGUCACCAACGUAGUCACUCUGGAGAGAAACCGUACAAGUGUGAUCAGUGUGGGGCAGCUUUCACUAUAUCUGGUGCUUUAAAAAGUCACCAACGUAUUCACACUGGAGAGAAACCGUACAAGUGUGACCAGUGUGGAGCAGUUUUCAGUCGAUCAGAUCAUUUAAAAAGUCACCAACGUAUUCACACUGGAGAGAAACCGUACAAGUGUGACCAGUGUGGAGCAGCUUUCAGUCGAUCAGAUCAUUUAAAAAGGCACCAACGUAUUCACACUGGAGAGAAACCGUAAAUGUGCCAGGAGGAUGGUGCAGCUUUCGUUCAUUCAGGCAAUUAAAAAAAAAAUUAUACCAAAUGUUGUGGAAAAGCUGUA